GCCCGUGCCCCUCCGCCCCCGGUGCCUCCGCCCGCGGCCCCCGUCGGGCUUUGCACGGCCAAAAGUUAAAAUGUGUGGUGAUGGUGUCCCAGAUCAUUGGCGUAUUGGGGAGAAAUGCCUUGCCCCUUGUUUUGAAAAUGGAAAACUUCAUGAAGGAACAAUAACUUCUCUUGAAAAGGACAAGAAUGGAAAAUCAUUUGCUGUUGUAUCAUUCUUGGAGUCUGAAGAAAGGAAAAUACUAAUAACAAAACUUUGUAAAGUCAAAGACAGUAGAGGACCCUGGAAAGGCUUAAUAUUUGAUGAAGGUGAUCUGGAAAAGCCAUAUUUUCCUGACCAAAAUCUUCCAUCUCCUGGAGUUGCUUUUAAAUUAUCUGACAAUGGCGAUUUUAUCCCGUAUACAAUUAACAGAUACCUGCGUGAUUAUCAAAGGGAAGGAGCCCAGUUUCUGUAUAGACACUAUGCUAAUAAAAGAGGGUGUAUUCUUGGAGAUGAUAUGGGCCUUGGAAAGACAAUACAGGUCAUUUCAUUUUUGGCUGCAGUAUUGCACAAAAAGGGAACACGUGAGGAUAUUGAAAAUAAUAUGCCGGAGUUUUUGCUGCGGACAAUGAAAAAGAGCUCAGAUUGUAACCCCAAGAAGACUUUCCUCAUAGUGGCCCCUCUUUCAGUGCUGUACAACUGGAAGGAUGAGUUAGACACUUGGGGAUACUUUAAAGUCUCUGUCUUACAUGGCAGUAAAAAAGAUGAUGACCUGAGUCGCAUCAAGCAAGGGAAAUUUGAAGUUGCUCUUACAACAUAUGAGAUACUGCGCCUAUAUUUGGAUGAAUUUAACAGUAUAGAGUGGUCUGCUGUGAUAGUGGACGAAGCACACAGAAUCAAGAAUCCAAAGGCUCAAAUAACUCAAACCAUGAAGUCAUUAAAAUGCCGUGUUCGCAUAGGUCUUACUGGAACCAUUCUUCAAAACAAUAUGAAGGAACUUUGGUGUGUUAUGGACUGGGCUGUACCAGGACUUUUAGGUAGCAGAGUACAUUUCAAGAAGAAAUAUUCUGAUCCAGUGGAGCAUGGCCAGAGGCACACUGCAACUAAAAGAGAGCUAGCAACAGGUCGUAAGGCCAUGGUGAAGCUAGCAAGAAUAAUGUCUGGCUGGUUUCUGAGACGUACCAAAGCGCUUAUCAGUGAUCAGUUGCCGAAAAAGGAAGACAGAAUGGUGUUUUGUUCUCUCACUGAAUUCCAGAGGGCUGUGUACCAAGCUGUGCUAGAGACAGAUGAUGUAACCUUGGUGUUAAGAGCAGGAGAGCCCUGUAGCUGCAACAGUGGCCGUAAGAGGAAGAACUGUUGUUACAAAGUAAAUGCACAUGGUGAAACGAUUAAGUCAUUACGCUUCAGUUACCUAAUGAUCCUACAGAAGGUUGCAAACCAUGCUGCACUGCUGCAGACAGACAACACUAGCAAACUGCAGGAAGCGCAUAUCAAACGAGUUUGCAGCCAGGUAUUUUCCAGUUUUCCAGAUUUUGUGCAGUUAAGCAAAGAUGCAGCCUUUGAAACUAUUUCAGAUCCAAAAUAUAGUGGAAAAAUGAAGGUCCUUCAGCAGCUUUUAAAUCACUUCCAAAAAAAUAAGGAUAAAGUUCUUCUUUUCUCCUUUUCCACAAAGUUGCUUGAUGUGCUAGAACAGUACUGCAUGGCAUCUGGGCUAGAUUACCGAAGACUUGAUGGAAAUACAAAAUCAGAAGAUAGGAUCAAAAUUGUGAGAGAGUUCAACAGCCUUCAGGAAAUUAACUUAUGUCUUGUAUCUACAAUGGCUGGUGGACUGGGUCUUAAUUUUGUUGGUGCCAAUGUUGUUAUACUGUUUGAUCCUACAUGGAAUCCAGCAAAUGAUCUUCAAGCAAUUGACAGAGCUUAUAGAAUUGGCCAACACAGAGCUGUUAAAGUGUUUAGAUUGAUAUCCUUGGGAACUGUGGAAGAGAUGAUGUACUUGCGACAAGUUUAUAAGCAGCAACUUCACUGUGCAGUGAUUGGAACUGAAAAUGCCAGGCGGUAUUUUGAGGCAGUGCAAGGAUCGAAGGAACAUCAAGGAGAGCUUUUUGGUAUUCAUAACCUUUUCAAACUUAGGACUCAUGGGUCCUGUCUUACCAAAGACAUACUGGAGAGGGAAGGGCGGGUAGAAGCAGGAGUCAUGACAGCAACUACCUGGCUGAAGGAAGAGAAUCAUUCAUGCAGCUCAGAAAAGUAUGAACAACCAGACUGUCAAGAAGAUGGAUAUCCCCAAAGCAUUCAGGCACACUUAAAAAGAGAAGAAACUGAUUUUUGGGAUGAUUUGAGUGAUGAUGAUAUUCUGGAGAGUUCUGUGAAAAAAUCUGACAGAAGGAAGCCAUGCAAUGAAAAUGUAACAAAAGGACAGCUUUCCUUAAUGCAGUGUGGAUUCUCUAAGUUGUUGCAGAGAGAAAUUGAGACUACCAGAGAAGGGGAUCACAAUUAUGAAUCUAAUCAUUCAAGUUCUGAUGCUCACACUAUAAGAAAAAAUGCAAAUAGCAAGCAUGGUGGUUUUCAGAAAUGUCAAACCAGUGUGCCUGUUUUGGAGCAUGGGAAAGCUAUUCUCUCUCCAAAUGGAAGUGAUAAAGAAAGUAUGCAUAGUACAGAGUGGCUUGGUUUAUCAGGCUCUGAGGAGGAAGGCAACAUAAAAAAUGAGAAUCAAAGCAUUUUAAAGCAAUGUGACAUAGUCAUGGAAACUGAAAGUAGUUCUGAAGCAGAUGAUGAUGUCAUCUUUCCUACCCAAGUUCAAGUAUGUCAGCAACCAGUGCUUACUAAAGAAAUUGAAAUACAUAGGUCAACAUCUGAAAAUUGUGAAGAGUUAGCAAAAGAAAAAGCUGGGUUUGUAUUUAAGGGAAAUAGUAGACAAUUUGGAUUCCACAGUACUGAGUCAAACUUCACCAUGUCUUUUGAAGAUGUCAAGAAUGACAUAGAUUUGAAAGGAACGAGCGACAUAAGCGAUGAGUCUGAUGAUAUUGAACUUCCCCAUAAUUCUGAAUCAAGAAAGCCAGGAACUCUGAGUUUUCCCAAGUGGAAGAAAUCUCUACCACAAGCAAAGAAGCCCUGUAGAAAAGGAAGGGAAAGUGAUUCCCAGAAUAUAGAUGAAUUCUCAUCCUCUGAAGAUAACUUUCCAGUUGAGAAAAUUCAUGCCAGGAAGAAAAGCUAUAGGAGUAAACAGAGUAGCAGAAUUCAGUUUGGGUCUAAAAUGCUGUGUCCUAUUCAAGACAUGUCUGUUGCGCAAAUGAAGUCAGGCAAUUAUGCUGUGCAUAGCACUUGCACAAGUAAAACUGUAUUUGAGCAUCAAGAAAAAAGAAUGGAAUCAAUGGACAAAUAUUUAGAUGGCGUUCAAGAAGUGGCAUAUAUUCAUUCAAAUCAGAAUGUGGUUGGAUCCAGCAAGGCUGAAAAUCACUUGAGCCGAUGGGCGGUGCACGACGUGUUUGAGUUGAAGCAGUUUUCCCAGCUGCCUGCUAAUGUAGCUGUCUGUAGUGCCAAGUUCGAGGUUACUUACCAAAGUAGUGGAGUGAGAAACAUGUGAGAUCCUAAGGCUCAAGAACAUUGUGAGCAGCCCAUGAAAAUAAAGGAAAUGGACAUGGAUCAAGUAGAAAAACGUUGGGAAGAAACAGUGUAGAUUUGAAACCAGAUUUUGAACAGCAAAUGACAAG